UACAUCCUGUGAAUCAUCUGGCUCAUCUGUGACGUUAUGUUUACUUCAAACGCGGAAAAGCAAACAGAAGAAAUUGCACAGCGGUCCGUUCUCUCUUCGUAUCUACAGAGUGAGGAUAUAAGCAUCUUACAUGCCAAUUCACGACAUUUCUUCACAAUAAUAGUGGCAGAAAACGUCAACUGCCCUUGACCAGGCUACAGCACAUACAGAGAUGGCAUCUGCAGGCUAUCAGGACAUAAAGGACCAUUUCAUAAAAUGUGGAGAAACACAAGAUGCAAGGAAAUACCUACAAACGUUGUCUGAUGCAGUGUCCAAACAUCGUCAUGCUAGUAUUGCUCUCAAGAAGCCAAAGGGAUCAGAGUGGAAGAUUGCGGGCCUGGAUGACACGUCCUACAAAGGAGAAGAAGAAAUUAAGGAGUGGCAGAACUUCUACCUACCAGACAGUGUGAAGAUGGAGGUGUUAGGAGCUGUGGAAAACCUCCCCUACCCGACAGAGAGUGGCCAGCUGGUCAUAAUGCUGUGUGAGGACCUUCAGGUGUAUGCUUAUGACGGAGAGGAGAUGCACCUGGUCGCUCUGAGCCUGGAGGAAGUCUUUGUCUCUGGGCUUCAGUAUCCUGGCAUCAAGUCCUUCUACAGAGGGGAGUGCUUUAAGGACAUGACUAAAGAAGACUGGGCCAAGGUAAGACAGGGCAAAGUGGGGAGGAGACUUGAAAAGGAGCACCAGGAUUUACUGAGACAAGCCAAACCCAGCUUCCUGAGUUGUCUUGACUCCAUCAAAGGAGCAAGCCACACAGUCACAGGUGCCUGUAGCUAUCACAAACCAGUGGAACCUCCAACAGUACUUGAUGGACUUCUUACGGUUGAAAUCCUGUGAACGGGAUCCAAAUUCAAACAAAUCUCAUAAUUAAAAUUCCUCAAACAUACAAGUAUUAUACACCAUUUUAAAGAUACACUUGUUGUUAAUCCCACCACAGUAUCCGAUUUCAAAAAGGCUUUACGACGAAAGCAUACCAUGCGAUUAUGUUAGGUGAGUGCCUAGUCACAAAAAACAGCCAUUUUUCAAGCCAAAGAGAAGAGUCACAAAAAGCAGACAUAAAGAUAAAAUGAAUCACUAACCGUUGACCCCCCCAAAAAAAAGAAAUAUGCCGUCUGUAGCCUGCACUCUUAAUAGCGUUUGGAGAUUACGUGAUAUGUUUUUAAUAUGCCAGGUAGGCUACAUCGUUUGUAAAGCGGAUUGUGCUUAAUUUUAAAAUUUAGCUAUGAAUAUAGCAACAUGAGAAAGCUGGGAUCCUCUUUUAAAUAGUAGCCACUCAAAACUCUGUUCUCACACACGAUUACGCAAUGACUGGGCUUAUAAGAACCCAUUUCACUAGGAUGGGGGGAAAAAAGACAUGUAGUCCUUAUGUCCUUGAAUAGCAAAUGGAGGAUGCUUUCCCCUAGGUUAAUUUUCUUGCCAGCCAGGUAGGCUACUCCAGUUGUAAAGCAAAACAAUGUGCUUAAUUUUAGGAAAGUUGAGAAAUAAAUAUAGUCUAUAGAAAUCAGAUGGGAUCCUCCUCUUUAACUUCUUGGCGCACCCAUCCCGUUAGCGGGAUCAUUUUCGUCAACAUCCGCUGAAUUUCAGAGCGCCAAAUUCAAUUACUAAAAAUAUUAAAUUUUCAUGAAAUCACAAGUGCAAUAUAGCAAAACACAGCUUAGCUUGUUGUUAACCUCUGGCACGCAGGCGUCCCAUCUAGAGCUCUGGAAAUGCAAAUGCGCUACGCUAAAUGCUAAUAGUAUUAGUUAAAACUCAAACGUUCAUUAAAAUACACAUGCAGGGUAUUGAAUUAAAGCUACACUCGUUGUGAAUCCAGGCAACAAGUCAGAUUUUUAAAAUGCUUUUCGGCGAAAGCAUGAGAAGCUAUUAUCUGAUAGCAUGUAACACCCCAAAAGACCCGCAGGGGACGUAAACAAAAUAAUUAGCAUAGUCGUCGCUACACAAACCGCACAAAUAAAAUAUAAAACAUUCAUUACCUUUGACCAUCUUCUUUGUUGGCACUCCUAGAUGUCCCAUAAUCACUAUUGGGUCUUUUUUUCGAUUAAAUCGGUCCAUAUAUAGCCUAGAUAUCGAUCUAUGAAGACUGUGUGAUAAACUGAAAAAAAUAGCGUUUCAUAACGUAACGUCAUUUUUUUAAAUUAAAAAAGUUGACGAUAAACUUUCACAAAACACUUUGAAAUACUUUUGUAAUGCAACUUUAGGUAUUAGUACACGUUAAUAAGCGAUAAAAUUCAUCAGGAGGCGAUGUAAAUUCUAUAGCUGUCCGUCUCGAAAAAAUGUCUGGAGAGAGCUCGACCAAAACAUCCGGUCGGAGACCGGAGGGAAUCGGUUCCCUUGAUUCGGUUUGACCAAGAAUCAAAGCCGAAUCAAAUGACAAGACUCUGAUAAUAUAACGUGACUAAAUGUCACAUGGAAUUUGACUGCGGUCAUGUCUCGCGACUGCCGGUGGGAGGUAAUAUGGUCACCUUAACAGCCCCAGAUGCAAUGCACAAUGCAUCCUUUUGGUUGUUAAUUCAAUGUGUCAAAGUUUUACUUCUAUCCUGUCCAUAUUCAAAUAAACUAGGCCUACUAAAUGUGUGAAUUAUGAAUCUUCUCUGCAUGCAGGACCAUGUCAUCAUUGUCUGAACACUUCAAGUCUUAUCUGACUGUAUAUUUACAGCAGUGGUAGAAAAUUCAGUAAACAUAUUGAUAAAACUUUGAAUGUUUAACUUUUUCCCCUCCAAAGUACGCAUGUUACCUGUUUAAACCUCUCCUGCACAUUUUUCCUGUCGCAUCACUCCUGAACCAUACCAUACUCUACAGCUCUACAGGAUUCUAUACUACCAACCAAUCACUUAAUCUGCCUCAGAAGCUCUGUGCUGGACCAAUCAUAUAUUUUGUGCACUAAUAAACAAAUAUACACAAAUUAA